AUGUCAAAAUUAUUUAGAAAAUGUACUAAAAUAUUUGCAACAACUGUCUCGCAGCAUUGUGUUACCAAAACAACAAGAAGGUAUGUGUCAAUUGCACAUCAGUGUCAGAAUAAAACUCUAACAGAGCAUAUACCUCUCUCCAAUGACAUCUUGUUUCGCCAGCUAUUCGACCCAUCUUCCAGUACAUAUACAUACUUAUUAGCUGAUACAACGCAAAAAAAGGCAAUAUUGAUAGAUCCAGUAUUAGAAUGGGCUGAUAGAGAUGCUACAUUAAUUAAAGAUCUAGGAUUGGAACUCAAAUACGCAAUAAACACCCACAUGCACGCCGAUCAUAUAACAGGAACAGGUAAAUUAAAAUCAAUAUUACCUGGUUGUAAAUCAAUUAUAUCUCGACGUAGUGGUGCGCAAGCGGAUAUUUUACUUGAACCACAUGAUUUAAUUAAUUUUGGACGACAUCAAUUAGAAGCUUUAUCAACUCCAGGUCAUACCGAAGGUUGCGUGACGUACGUAUGUCAUGAACAAGGUAUCGCAUUUACUGGAGAUACACUUUUAAUCCGUGGAUGUGGUAGAACAGACUUCCAGGGUGGCUCACCAGAAACGCUCUAUGAAUCAGUACACAAGUUAAUAUUUAAUUUACCAUCAAACUUCCGGCUUUAUCCAGCUCAUGACUAUACCGGUCGAACUGUAACAACAGUUGCUGAAGAACGUAUUUUAAAUCCUCGACUUACUAAAACUAAGGAUGAAUUUAUCAAGAUUAUGAACAACUUAAAUCUUUCAUAUCCAAAGAUGAUUGACAAAGCCGUUCCAGCAAACAAAGUUUGCGGCAUUUACGAGUAUCCAACAGAGAAAGAAGAAUAA